AGAAGAAGCGGUGCAGAAGCUGAUUAGUGCAUUCACCAGAAACAGGUGGUGGAGAGGAGAGAGAGAGAGACAGACGGAGAGAGAAAGAGAGUUGGAGCCGCUAACACAGACAAAACAAUGCGAAACGAAGGCAUCGAGGGGACGGAGCGGUCUGAGCCGGAGAAGGGCCGUGGUCUGCGGGCGGUGAAGCACUUCGCGGUGGGGGAGCUGGUGUUCGCCUGUCCUGCCUACUCCUACGUGCUGACGGUGAAUGAGAGGGGAGCGCACUGCGAGCACUGCUUCUCCAGGAGAGAUGGACUUUUUAAGUGUGGCAAAUGCAAGCAGGCCUUCUACUGCAAUGUUGACUGUCAGAGAGGUGACUGGCCCAUGCAUAAGCUGGAGUGUUCAGCCAUGUGUGCCUACGGGGAAAACUGGUGCCCAUCGGAGACUGUCAGACUGGUGGCCAGAAUCAUCAUGAGACAAAGAACCACAACAGAACGAACCCCUUCAGAAAGGCUGCUAUUGCUCAGAGAGUUCGAAGCCCAUUUAGAUAAGUUGGACAGUGAGAAGGAGGAGAUGAACCAGGCAGACAUCGCAGCACUGCACCACUUCUACUCCAGACACAUCAUUGACCUCCCUGACGACCAGGCUCUCGCUGAGCUCUUUGCACAGGUUAACUGUAAUGGUUUUACCAUAGAAGAUGAGGAACUGUCCCAUCUAGGAUCAGCCGUUUUUCCUGAUGUAGCACUAAUGAACCAUAGCUGUAGCCCCAAUGUCAUAGUGACCUAUAAAGGUACAGUGGCUGAAGUCAGAGCUGUUCAAGAAAUAAACCCCGGAGAGGAGAUCUUCAACAGCUACAUAGACCUGCUCUACCCGACAGAGGACAGAAACGAGAGGUUGUUAGAUUCUUACUUUUUCACCUGCCAGUGUAAGGAGUGCACCACCAAAUCUAAGGACAAAGCUAAAAUGGAGAUCAGGAAGAAGUUGAGCUCUCCACCAGAGCCAGAGGAAAUCCGAUCCAUGGUCCGUUAUGCCAAGAAUGUCAUCGAGGAGUUCAGAAGAGCCAAGCACUACAAGACGCCCAGUGAGCUGCUGGAGAUGUGUGAGCUGAGCCAGGAGAAGAUGGGGGCUAUAUUUGCCGACACAAACGUCUACAUGUUGCACAUGAUGUAUCAGGCCAUGGGUGUCUGUCUCUACAUGCAGGACUGGGACGGAGCCAUGAGCUACGGAGAGAAGAUCGUUCAGCCGUAUAGUGUACACUACCCGGCCUACUCUUUGAACGUGGCGUCCAUGUAUCUGAAGCUGGGACGGCUGUAUUUAGGGCUGGAGAGAAAAACACAAGGGAUCAAGGCUCUGAAGAAGGCGUUGGCCAUCAUGGAAGUGGCUCAUGGGAAGGAUCACCAUUAUGUGGCGGAGGUCAAACGAGAGAUUGAGGAGCAGAAGUAGACUGACGGGAAGUGGAGAAGGGUGAAAAGAGAGGCAUUGGAGUGAGGAAGCUUUCUCAGAACAACUUAAAAAAACAUUAAAACUGCACGGCAUGCAUCUUAUACCUCUCCUUUUUUAAACUAUUUGUCCUCCCUCGGUUGCUUCCCUGCCUCUGCUGAGGCCAGGUUCCUUUAUUCACUCUCUUUUCUGAUUCUAAUGGUUUGUCCACCCACAUCCUAGUCUGGUCGAGGAAGACCACAUCUCCUGUCUGCAGAUGUCUUUGUCCUGUCAGACCUGGGCUUUAAAAACAAGGCAGUUGAGCGUCAAAAGUUUGGAGUUAAAAAAAAAAAAAAACAUGAGAGGAAUGCUUGUGCUCUAUGCUGUGACUGAUAUGAUCCUCAAGAAAUGUAUUUGCUUGUGUUGCAUGACAUCCAUCUUAACACCAGUUUGGUGUUUUAUUUUUAUUAUUAUUAUUAUUAUUAUUAUUGUUAUUUUUUUUUUUUUUUUAAACUUGAUUGGAAAUGUUAUAUGGUCUAUGUGUUGAAUAAGUCCCAUGACUCUGCAGCUUAUGAAACCCAUCCAGCAUGCAUCACGGAGAUUCCAAAAAAGAUUGACAUCAAUGGCAAGAUCAAACUUUUCUUUCUACUUCCUUUUAAAACUGACUGAAGAAACAAGGCUUUCAUCUCGCAGCAACAUGAGACCAUUUUCCAAAGUGUUUUAUGUUUGCCCAGGUCUGUUUCCUUGUCAAGUCUGAAAUCAUUCACUGUUUUUCUGUAGUUGUAACCAGACCUACAGACCUCGUUUAGCCAUCGUAUUGUUCACUGGCAGCCAUUUUAGCUGCCCAGCCUUGCUCCCGAGCCUUUGCUUAGUAAUUUUGGAUUCUACACCAGCUGCUUGCAAGAGAGUUUGGCAUCAUGCCACGAUUAUGUAAUGGAGGGCAUUAUUAUGUAUUUCCUGUCAACGCAUCUUAGUUCUAGGGAAGGGGCAGCAGCAUGGUGCCUGUAGUACAGAAUGGCCAAACUUUGUCUGUUAUCAUUUCUGGUUUUAUUGACUCUUCUUUAAACUGUGAAGUCUGACCUUACAUCAGGUACUCUGUAGCAAUGAAAAAGAUAAUGCAAAGAACUAUUCAUGAACAAAUAUACCAGUGGCUUUAUUGGCUUGUCUUACAGUACUUCUUGCCUGUUUUACAGAACCAGAAAAUAAUGUUGCAUGUUUUUUUUGUCCACACAAAGCUUGUUGACCAAAAGGUUCACAGGUUUAAUGGACAAGAAACCAGCUAUUAAUUCAUUAUUCACACUGUAUCUUUGAACAGAGGUCCUGAUGUGAAGUUUGCAUUGGUCUUAUGACUUAACCACUAAUCCUGGGUUGGAGCUCAUUUGCUCUUAGGGGAGAAAAAAAGGUACAACAUUGCAGAUUUUGUUGCCUUUUUGUCAGGAGACACAAUAUUGUACCUUUUUAGUGUGUUCUUGGCACCUUUAAGAGUCCAAAUUAUGAUUACAUAGAGACUGAAUGAUCAAAAGUCACUUUAGCACCUGUGUGUGUCUGGGGGGUUAUUCAUAUUUAACUGUGCAAAAUGGUGAAGAAAGGGCCUCUACAUUUUCCUCUUAAGCUGUAGUUAGCAUUAGGAAGGUGGACGUAUUUUUUUCCAAUUAUACUUUCCUUUUUAACCUCAUAGUUAACAAGAAGGAUGAAUUACAACACUGUUGUAAACCAUGAUACAAGAUUCUUGCUGAAGAUACCUUCAGCAAGAGCAAGUACCAGAAAUUGGUGGAAAUUCAUGCGGGCACAUUGGAUCGUGGUGAUGAAAUUUGGUUGGCCAUCCAGUAAGAAAACUGUAGCCUGUGUAUCAUAGUCUUGCCAAGGAACUUUUGCAAACCCAGCUCCCUAAAUUGUAAAAGAGCAGCUUGCAGCCUGUAGCUUUCUCUCUGCUGUAUAAUGAACUAUAAAUUAUUCGAGUGAAGUUAAGGAGGCAGCAUGUGAAGCAGGCUUAAAGAAGUUGAAAAUCCAGGCAGUGUGAAGGCAUCCCCUGGGCCUUAUUUUAUUAAAGGAUAUUGGCACUCAAAAUUCCUGCUUACUUUGUUCAAGGGUUCCCGGUGUAGACCUUGAUAAUGUUUAAAAUUCUUUGGAUUCAAGAAAAAUAAAAUAAGGCCUUAAAAAUUUGUUUCCAACUGAAUCAAUGACUUUUAAAGCACUUCAAUAAAGGGCCACUUCACCAAUUUUCAACCUUAUCUCUACUGUAUCUACUUUAUCUUGUAUCAUCUGUAUCUUUUAGACAGGCUCAGUUCUUCCACCCAAAUCCUCCACCUAAUGAUGCAGUCGCAGGCUGAGCAGGGUACUACAGCUUUAGUUUUCCUAGUUUCUAAAUCCCUAUUUUAUCUGAAUGAUUAGAUGUAUUUUCACCAAAAUGAGUCUUUCUUGCUGCUGCUUGGUAAGUGACUGCAUCGUCAGGUUUAGGAUUUGAAGGGGUGAAUAAAGCCUUCCUACAAGAUGCAGAGUAUUGACACAUGUUAUGGUGUAUAGGGAUGGGUGGGUACUAUUCAGUUACAAAUUCAGUUACAAACGGCGUGACCUAUUCAUACAAAUAUUCAAAACCAGAUCUCUGGUGUAGCAUCAUUGGAAUCAAGCAUAUCAUCACAAGCUUUAAAGACUGAGAGAAAAGCAGAUUUCAUCCUGCACCUCCACACACAAAGUCUGGAAAAACAUUGGCUUGAAUAAUUCAGAAGGUAAAGAUGAGUUAGACAUGAGCACUGCAGUAUGCAAUUGUGCCAUGGAAAAGUCAAGUAUUGUGGUAAUACGACCAACAUGUGAACCCAUACUGCCCACAUGAGGUUUUGAUUAUUUAGGAAAAAACAACACUUUUGUUUUAGUUGUCAGUUAAGGUUUGGUUGGGGUGUUCAUACUUGUCUUUGAAGGUAUGAUUCAGCUGCUUUCCAUGGUCCAGUGUUGAAAAAACUGAUCCAAAGUUGCACAGCAUCAUAAAGUUGUAUUGCAAUACAUACUAUUAAAUGAGUGUCCAAGUAUUGUGAAUUGCUUUAUAUCGUGGACGCUGAAGUUCACCAGGAGUUCUGCUUUAGCACACGGAUCUUGCCUUUCUCAUCUCUUCAUUUGUGUGUAUUGAGUUCACAAAACGUCUCUCAAAAACGUAGCUCUCACUAAAAUAUGACCAAGUUACAGCUGUGACUCUCAGAGUAUCACAUAAGGAUGCAGUGGGCAUACGUUUCUAGUUCACUGGAUGGAAAUUCUGGGUUUUCCGGAUCACCAGCUCCACUUUCUCAUUGAAAUGGUUAUAUCUUGAAAAAUCAGUGGUGAGCAUAAAAAAGUAUGACCACGGAUUCUUUAUGUGAUCCUCUUUGACUCAUGUUUGUAACUUGUUUACAUUUUAGAUAUAACUGUUUUUGAACACAAUACACAUGAAUGUGGAGGCAUAAAAGGGAAGAUCUUUGUUCUACAUUGAGACUCCCAGUGAACCUGAGUGUCAGAAUAUAGACUUCUGUUGAGCUCAAGAACAUAUAGAGCCAAAUGUGUCGCUAAACUUCCAUGUUGCUUUAAGGUCACAGAUCUAAUUUCUCUCUCUUUUCAAUGCCUGUAGCCUCUUUCUUGUGUUUACUAUGAUGCACUUUUAAGCCCUGCGUGAAAUGCAGAGUGCUGAGUGUUGGAAAUAGACAGCUGACUCAUGUCACCUGCAAAACUGCAUCUGGUGGGUGCCUAUCUUAGCUUUGUUUGGGCAAUUUAAAAAAACUACAUAUAUCGCUUAAACAACUCUAUUCUGCACAUCAUUUGUCUUGCAAAAAAAAAAGUCACAGUGAUAGAAGAGUUGUAGGCUGGUUUACACAAACCAAAAAAUUCAAACCUUAUGUUGGCCACCUUUGACA